UCUCAUACAAGCAAGAAAGAAAUUAGCAACCAAAAAGACCCCAACACCGAUACAGACACCGUGCCGAAUAUGUCAACCACCACCGUGCAAGAAAUGGCUGCGGCCACCAAUGAGUCUUUUACCAUCAAAGACCUUGUGGACUUCAGCAGCCGAACCUAUGGCGAUUGGCGCGACGAGUUCCAUCAAAACGGCUGCGUCGUCAUCAAGAACGUGAUCAGCCCCGAACGCGCCAAGUACUACUGCGACAAGCAGAUCCAGUGGCUGAAGAACUUCGAGCUGGGAUUCGACGAGAACGAUGAGAGCACUUGGACGGCGGACCAUCUGCCCGUCAGCUUCAAGGGAGGCAUGUACUUCGCCUACGGCUCCACCCACGAGAAGAUGGCAUGGGAGGCUCGCACCGAGCCUGCCGUUGUGGACAUCUUCGAGAAACUAUGGGAGACCAAGGAGCUUCUCUGCUCAUUCGACGGGCUAAACAUCUCCAUGCCCCGCCGAAAGGACCUAAACUGGAGUCCGUGGCCGCACUGCGACCAGAACCCCGACCGAAAGGGAAUGCAAGCCGUGCAGGGCCUAUUGAACUUCGCUCCGAACGGCCCGAAAGACGGCGGACUCAUGCUCAUGAAAGGCUCGGCGAAGCUCUUCGACGAGUUCUUCGCGCAGAAGCGUGAUCAAUACGACCACGAAGACGCCCCGCCCCCGGAGCUCAAGUACAUGGACCUGUUCCUGUUCCACGAGAAAGACCUGAAAUGGUUCCAGGAUAAGGGCUGCGAGCUGGUCAAGAUCAACAUGGAGCCCGGAGACUUUGUGCUCUGGGACUCGCGCACCAUGCAUUACGCCUGUCUGCCCGAGGGCGAUCAGAUCCGUCACGUUCAGUACAUCUGCAUGACGCCGAAACGGUUCGCCACGCCCCAGGCGCUGGAGCUGAAGAAGUUCUGUUUCGAGAAUUCCAUGGGUACUACCCACUGGCCGCACUGCAAUAUUCGUCCUGCGAGCGAGAAACCGAUGCGGAAUGGAGAGGUCUGUCAUAAGUACCGGACUGAGCCUUUUGAAAAGCCGGAGAGGACUGACACAGUUCUGCGCUUGGCUGGUGUGAAGGAAUACUAG